CAUUGUUGCGUGACAAAACUGCACAUUUUAGUGGCCUUUUAUUUUCCCCAGCACAAGGUGAACCUGUGUAAUGUUCAUGCUGUUUAAUUAGCUUCUUGAUAUGCCACACCUGUCAGGUGGAUGGAAUAUUUUGGCUAAGUAGAAAUGCUCAGUAACAGGGAUGUAAACAAAUUUGUACACAAAAUCUGAGAGAAAAGCUUUUUGUGCGUAUGGAUCAUUUCUGGGACCUUUUAUAUCAGCUCAUGAAACAUGGGACCAACACAUGUUUAUUUUUGUUCAGUAUAUAUUGUACAGACUGUGUGUUUUUAAGUAGCAUGUCAAUGAUCUGAUCUCUUGUCUAAUGAAAUCUUUUACGCGAAAGCAUCGGGCAAAUUUGAUUUCAGUCCUGUUCAAACCGCAUGUUUUACUUUCAACUGUAAGUACAUUAGGAGUGUAGAACAGUUUUUUAUAAUUUAGCUUUUGGUUUCACAAAAGUACAACUUUUUUUUAUGGUUCACCUUUGCCUUCUAUAUGGUGUAAAUAACAUGUUUUUUUUUUUACAAACUGAUUAAAACAUGAGCUUCAAUCACAUCCAGUAUAGGAAACUCACCAAAUGUAGGUCUGUGUCCCAAAUGACACUGUUCGCUAUAGUGCACUACUUGUACUUUUGACUGGAGCCCUAUGGGAAUAUAGUGCCAUUUUGGAUGCAGCCUAGAGGUGGGGAAUCAAAGUGGGUUCCAUGUGUGGAACAGAAGUUCUGUGUGAUCUUUAUGGAUUUCAUUUAAACAUUAUGACCACAACCAGAACACACACACAGAGUACGCACACUCACUGACAAACACACACACACUUUAUGGAUUCUGUGGUUUUCCUCAGAGUGCAUGUGAAACUCAUUAGUCUGUUUAUGGGUUCGGAGGAAAGACGAAACUGAUUGAAACUCCUAUCUUGUAAACAGCUCUGUGACAGCCUAUUGCGCAAAGACUCAGUAAAAAGUAUGAAUUUAGACAGAGUAGGGUAGUUCUGUCUUCCACCUCCUCCCCCAAACUCCCCAUAUGACAUUGCAUGGAGACCAGAACAAGACAACUUCAGGGCCUAAGGAGCUGGAUUCCCAAAAAUAUUUUAAGACAGAGAAACAGUAUAUUUAAAACAUUGAUAAUUCCUCAGAUUUCUUAAAGACAAUUUUGAACAUUUGGCAUAGAGCUGUUGCAUGGCAUAUCACUUUAUUUUUGGAUUGGCAAUAUGGCCAAAUUAUCAGUCCUUUGCCAACCAAAAAUGCAGAAACCGAUAAGUGGUCAGGUGGUGAUGACAAUUCGUUAGAAUUGGACACGGAUGAGUGUCCUUCCCUCCUUGAUAGCCACCUUUCAUCAAGUUGUCAUUUUUGUAAGAGUUUUGAAAUCUGCCACACCCCCUUUUGAUUUAGCUUCUUUUUUUGUUGUUGAGAAAAGCAUACACACGUUUAAAACCAAUAUGGAACUUAUUGUGCCUUUAAAAUGUUCUACACAACUAAUUUAAUUUGUUUUUAAUCACUUUUCACUUAUUUUGGGCUCCACCACUGUAAAUGUAAUUCAACAGAUGAAGCGCGGUCAUGUCUAGAAGGGAUGCCGCUAAUGUGAAAGUGAUGUCAGUUUACAUAUUCAAGUCAAGUCGGAAAUCAUUUUAGCUAACCCUAACACUUUUCCUAACCUACUACCUUAAUUAUCCUAACCAGCUGCUUAAGUUUUGCUGACUUAGGGAAAGGGAGGCAAGAGAGGGCAGAGUAAAGAGGACGCAGGAGUCGCGCAAAUCCAAUUGAGAAAAGGCAUGGCUUCCAUACAUUAACCAUACACAUCCUAUCUGCCUGACAGCUUCACUAAAGAAACUCAGAGCCUUGUGUAUAGAUAAGAACGUUUACUCUCCUCCCCAGCCUGAAAUCAAACUCCCAACUCUAUUCAUGCUGUUGAAUAGCACACCUGCCUGCCAUGUCCUGUAUGACGACUAGACUGACUGCAUCAGGCCUUCCCAACGACAUUUUAUGCAAAACAUAAUGUUUCCCUCCAUAGGAUGUCAUCAUUUGAUUUGAAUACGACAUCAGUUGACCUUUUUAGAUUAUGAAAUGUUUUGUCAUAAGAUAAGUGUUUGCUUUAGGGCUCAGUCUAUAAUAUAAAUAGGCUUGCAAAAAAAUGUAUCAAAGGAGAGUUGUUGAACAUUACAAGCUGACGUUAAUUUGCGUUUAUGUGGGACGGUCUGUUUUUACCCGUUUUUUUAAAGGUUUUACAUUCAAGAGGGAAAUUGAAAACCGUUCGUCUCAUUUGCAUAACGUUUUCUCACCGGGGAGAAAGAGGACUCCCCGUACUUCCAUACAUCAUGCUCGAGCCUCAUCUACAUGAGAACUGUCCCCGCGCACUGACGGGACUUGACCACAAUAAAGACAGAUGCUCGCAAGCCUUUAUGUGGUUAACUGAAAAGGAAUUAAGGCGCGUGGUGUUUUAAAAGAAGGCAUCCCCAGGUGAUGACCUCACUACUGUUCUCCAGCCCCACCCACGUUGUCAUGAAGGACCGCGAGCUGCCGUCAUCCUCCCUCACCCUCCUCCACUACACCGGGACGGCAGUGCCUGUCAAGACACCCGGGGGUGGCCCCUUACCCUCCUCCUCCACCACCCUCCACACCUCCACCUCUCCAUCCCUCUCCAAACCUCCGCCAUUCUGCCUGCAGACCCUCCAGACCGGCCCUCACCUCCUCGCCAGCAUGCAGCUCCAGAAACUCAACUCCCACUACCAGAGUCUGGCUGGAGGUAUAAGUGGCGGCGUAGCCUCUGGGCCCACGUCAGGACCUCAGAGGGGGUUUGGGGCCUCAACGCUGGGCUCGGCGGGGCAGCUGGUGGGGGGUACCCCUGGAGGUGUUGGAGGUAGGAAUCAGGGCUGUGGGGGGAUUAUUGACUCUGACCCGGUGGACGAGGAGGUUCUGAUGUCGUUGGUCGUAGAGCUGGGGUUGGAUCAGGCUAACGAGCUACCUGAACUCUGGCUAGGACAGAACGAGUUUGACUUCAUAGCGGAUGUACCUGCCGGAUGCUGACCCACCCAAAUGGAGGGAUGAAAGGAGGAGAUUUGUGCUUUCUCAUUCUUUCCUUUUCAUUACUCUCUAGGUUGGAUUGACAUAAACUCUAAUGUCCUGGCUGGGUGCUCACACAAACACACGAAAUUAGACAUUUUUUGGGGGUCACCCUCUGUUUUUCUCUAAAGGACAAGUUAUGGACACAACCUGACCCAAAAAGAGCAUGCUGUUCUCUUGUUUUUCCUCUGUAUCCCGUUCUAAAUUUAAAGGAGAAAGGAUAGACACAGGGUCUAAUGUUUUUGUGUGUCUCACAGAAAAUACUAUGUUACUGAGGGAACCUGAGCCUCGGGCCUGUCUGUCAAUUUCACUCUACUUCCCAAGGGCCCCCUACACACACACCGGCAGAAGGAGGGAUGGAUGGUAUUACGAUCCGGUAAUGGAAGUAGCAGCCGUGAAACAGGCACUUGUCACUUAUUCAGUUACCCCAACAUUCAGGAGAGUUCAGCGGGUUUGAUGGAACACCAGGGUGUGUGUGUGUGUGUGUGUGAUAUUAUUCAGGUCCCUGUGACAUAAGACAGACAUGACAGGAGGCAUCAGAAGCCUGUGUAGUCUCGGUGGACCGGUGUAACCUGACCUGUAUGGUGCUGUCAGUGUCUGUAUCUAAAUAAAUGAAUGAGUCUUAACGUCCGUGGUCUUCGUGUACCUGGUAACUCUGUAGGUGAAAUGAAUCAUAGUUCCUGCCCCAUCAUUCUCUCUGUCUAUUAUAAGUCUCUUCAUCCGUCCCCCCCCUCCAUCUCUGUCCCCUGUGGACCUAGAGCCAAGACGCUCCAAUACUACUCACUCUGCUGUUGUACCGUCAAUGUGUAUGUCCAAAAUGGCACCCAAUUCCCUAUAUAGCGCACUACUUUUGACCAGGGCCCUGUGUGUCCUGUUCAAAAGUAGUGCUGUGUUUAUAUAUAUAUGAGAGAAUGGGGUGCCAUAUAGGACAUGUACAAUAGUUCCUGAGGGUUACAGGUAAUGAGGCGGUUAAAGAAGGGUGACUUUAAAAAAAUCAAAAAUAUUGUAUUUUUUUGGAGGGGGGUUGACUUGUGAGAACUGAAGGCUAAUUAAUUAUAAACUAAUGAUUGCGUAAAUUAAUAUUUUUUUUAACAGUACCUGUUCAGAAGACUACAGAAACAAGGAUUACCUCUUAAUAAAGAGGAAACGUUCCAAUUGACUGAGUUCCCAUGUUCCAAGUGUGAGUCACUUGGCAUCAUCACGCUUCUUUCACCAUGUGAUUACGUUGGUGUUUUUACCUUUUCGAGUUAGUCAGUCAGUAGGCCGACAGUAGACCAAAGCAGGAGUAGGCUACAUAUCUAAACAGGGUCCUUAUUGUUUUGUAGUUUUAGUUGCUGGAUCACUUGAUCGUAAGAGAGCACGAGUGUGUGUGUGUGACUGCUUGCAUGGGAAAGUAUUCCUGUAAGUUUCCCUUUAUGUUUUGACUCCACGGAAAUGCAAGAUAACUACACCAACUUAUUUCCUAAUCAGAAACCCUUUGAGCUUCCAGACUAGCAAGAACAUUUACUUUUCAUUAAAUGUUUGUUUUACUUUCCUUAUGACAUUUCAGAUAUUUUUGUGAUCAUUUUCUUUUUGUUUUAGCUUGAGAAACACUUCUUGCUAUUAAUUUUGUAAAGGAAAAAGAAAAUGUUGGAGAAAAAAAAUGAAUCACUACUGCACUGAUUGUAUGGUCCUAAGUUUCUCUCUUUAAAUCACACCUUUUUUUAAUUGAGGCCUUAUUUUAGAAAGGGAGAGGGACCUAUAUUUCUUUUUUUAUCUCUCUUUUCUUUUUGUUUUUGAAAUGACAGAUUGGAAUCAUAACUGAUGUUGAUUUUUGUUUUAGCACUUUCUCCGUUUGCAUCUCAUUUGUAUCUUUAUGAAAAUAUGUACUAGAUCAUAUUUAAAUGCUUGUAUUUUUGUUACUUCAUUGCAUUUGGGGUGGAAAAUAAAGAAUACCAACCUGAA